GGACCACAGAUGACAGUCACAUGACGGCAGUGGAGAAGCAGCGGGCCGGACGUUCGUGUUGCUCCUUCAGUUUGCAGACAUGCAGAUGUGAAAGCAGUGGCAGCUGCACAUACAGCAAAGUUCAGUGAUAAUGACUUAGUACAGUCUGGUGAUGAAGUAGCUGAAGGCUCAGUCCUCGCAGGAAGGCAGUGGACAUGACAGCUGGUGUGUUACUCUACGCUGCCUUUUUGGCUGUCAGUGGAAACUUGGUAAGAGAGAGCUUUACAUACACGAGUUUUUAAAGAAGAGAAAGUCACCUGAUCUCUCACGGGGCCUGUAGUUCUUUGUUGAGUCACGUACAUUUUAUGAUAGUUUUAUAAUAAAGAUUGAUUCCUAUGAUUCGGGGCUAACAGGUAAAGAGUCUACAGACUUAUACAAGUGUUACCCCUGAAGACAAAUCUUAUAACGCUGUUAAUACCUGCCCAGACAUGUGAGGUGAUACAUAUCACACUGCAAACUUUCCCCUCUUUCAGGAUAAACUUCAAAAUGUCGUCUUUUUUAGGUCUCAGGAGAUAGAUCUUUCUCCAUAGACUACACAAACAACUGUUUCCUCAAGGAUGGGAAGCCUUUCCAGUACAUCUCAGGCAGCAUUCACUACUCCAGGGUCCCUCGAUACUACUGGAAGGACCGGCUGAUGAAGAUGUUCAUGACUGGACUCAAUGCCAUCCAAGUGUAAGUUCAACACUAUGGAUUAAGUGAUGUUUUUACAACACUGUAAUGUAUCUUAAGUACUCUGACUGUACCUGCCCACAGAUAUGUACCCUGGAAUUACCAUGAAACAGUACAGGGUGUCCAAAACUUCACAGGAGACAGAGAUCUGGAGCAUUUUUUGGACUUGGCCAAUCAGACAGGACUCCUGGUAAUCCUACGACCAGGACCGUACAUCUGCGCAGAGUGGGAAAUGGUGAGAAAAUCUGCUGCAAAGGCUUGAUGUUAACAUUGUGAGCACAACACAAGAUUUUGUGGCAUGAUUAAACAAGUGGAACUAAAGCAAAACCGGUUGGUGUAAACUGAUUCGAGACAGAAGUUCAAAUUCUCCAGCUAAGCCCUUGUAGAACUGUCCUAAUAAAGUUUGUUUAACAGUUUAAACACGUAUACUUCGACUAUAAAGUCUGAAGUCCAAGCAACUUUGUUCAAGAGUUAAAGUAUAAGAACUUUGUAUACUUCACAAACUUCAGAAGACGGAUGUCAUGUUUGUGUGAUAAAGAGGCUGCUGCUUAUCAUAUGACAACAAUCUGGAUAUUAGUCAUCUCCUUCCUAACUUCUUCCUGUCUGCCUUUUUUCUGCCAUGUUGUGCAUUUGAUAGAAAACACCAUUUUUAAUACAUCUACCUGAAAUCAUAUUAUUUCCCACUCAGGGUGGACUGCCAGCAUGGCUACUUCAAAAACCAAAUAUCAUCCUUCGCUCAGCUGACACAGGUAAAGCAUGCUCCUGUUUUAUGAAAAUCAGUUUGAAAGUGAGGUUACAGUUUUUUCUCCUACUUUAGAUUACAUGCAGGCUGUCGGCAACUGGCUUGCUGUCCUUCUCCCCAAAAUAAGACCUUGGUUGUACAUCAACGGGGGUAACAUCAUCACAGUCCAAGUCAGUAGGUACUUUUUUUAUCUCUUUUAUGUGAAGGGUUAACAGGUGAUAACUUAUACUCCUUUUGACUUUAGGUGGAGAAUGAAUAUGGAAGUUACUACACCUGUGACUAUAACUACAUGCGUCACCUGCAGACUCUAUUUCGCUUCUUUCUGGGUGAAGACACAGUCCUUUUCACCACUGACGGAAACACAGACAGGGAAAUGGUUUGUGGGACUCUGCAGGGGUUAUAUGCCACAGUAGACUUUGGAACAGGUUGGUACAAGUAGAUGUAAAAAAAACCUGUAAAACAAGUGUUAUUAUACAUGUUAAAUUUACUUUCUAAAAAUUUCUGAAUAUUUCAGACACCAACGUAACAGAGGCCUUCCAGCGGCAAAGGAAGUUUGAACCGACAGGACCCUUGGUGAGUCACAUGUUUACUCACCUACUGUAACAAACACACUGAUCAGACAGUACAUAUGAUGUGGGAAAUAACUGUAUUAAAUGACAUUACAGGUGAACUCAGAGUUUUACACAGGCUGGCUGGACCAUUGGGGAGAUCAGCAUGCUGCAGUUGAUGCUCUGAAGGUCAGCAGAGCGCUGGGAGAAAUGCUAGCCAUGGGGGCCAACGUCAACAUGUAUGUCUCCCCAAAUACUCCAUUUUCUAUUUGUAAAAAAUAUAUUUAUCCUUUUUUAACCAUUCUUGCCAGUGUGUGCCUCUGAGCCCAAGGACUGUUCAUUCCUUCAUAAAAAAAAGAGAUGAUUAAAAACAGGUCACAAACACUAUUUUGGCUCAUUUUGUAACAUUUAAUUUAAGGGAUCUUCUAAGACAGCUUAGCACUGUGAAUGUCAGUCUGCAAACAUUCACAUAUGCAUUUGUUGAGGACUAUUUUCAGUUGCAGAAUAUAGCACAUUUAAUGCUUGAGUGAGUAAACUGCAGCAUGCAAGUUGCAACUGAACUAUGUUGCUCUUAAAAAAAUAGGAACACCCAGUGUUAAUGUUUGUGUAACAAAUCGAUGUGUCGUUAGUGAAAGAGGAAAUGAAAGUCUUCAUCACAGAAAAUAAGAAGAGGAAAAUAGUUGAAUAUGUCCAGUUUUCCUGAGUAAACAUCAAUCAUCAGUUUAAAAUCAGACAGUUUCAGCCCCUGUCGUUUUCAGACCCACGUUUUCCUGGUGUGUAACAAAGCCUACUCUCUUUCUUUCAGGUACAUGUUUGAAGGAGGAACUAACUUUGGCUACUGGAACGGUAAAGUCACAGGUUUAGAUAAUGUCUCUCAGUUUUGCUCCAUCUUAGGUGAAGGGUAAAUCUGAGUGUGAGAUUUAUUCAUAUUUUUGUGAAAGGUGCUGAUUUUGACUCAAGAUACCGCUCAGUAGUGACAAGUUAUGACUACGACGCUCCACUGACAGAGGCAGGAGACCCUACAGAGAAGCUGCUGGCCAUCAGAGACAUCAUUAAGCAGGUAGAUCUCUAUCAGCAAAAGCUAUUGUGUGGAUUAGACUGCUUCAUGUGUCUAAUAUAACACAUCUUUGUUCCUUAUAGUUUAAAGAUAUACCCUCUGGCCCCAUGCCACCAGCCACUCCCAAGUUUGCCUAUGGUUUUGUGACCCUUGAAAAGGUAAUUUAUUCCAAUCUUUGUGAUAAUGAGUUGGAAAGAUUCUUGAUCCUGAAUUUAGCAAACACACUUUCCAGGUUGGAAACAUCAGCAGCCUCCUGAAUACCCUCGCACCACUUGGCCCAGUGAAAGCCCAGCAUCCUUUGACGUUCGAAGAUAUAAAACAGGUACAAAGAGUUAGAAGGACUUGUAUUGACAGAAAACCUCCUGAAACAUGGAGAACUUCUACACACCUGACAUGUCUUUUGUGCUCAGUACUAUGGAUACAUGCUCUAUCGAACCACGCUGCCCACGGACCUCCCAAAGCCCACGCCUCUUAUCUCUCCACUGAAUGGGGUUCAUGACCGUGCAUAUGUGUCCGUCAAUGGGGUGAGCCUUUACAAUGAGCUUUUGUUGUACAGCCAAUCAGAGGUUUGUGUCAGGUAGAAGCAAAACAUGACAGGUAAAGACCAAACAUGUUUGUAACACGUCAGCGAGCGCCGUGUCGGUAGUUUUUAUGUACAAGCUCAUGACAAAGUGUCUUUGUGUGUGGACAGAUUUACCAGGGCCUGUUGGAGAGAGACUCUAUUCUGGUGACGAACAUUACAGGACAGCAGGGGGACACUUUGGACAUCCUGGUAGAGAACAUGGGCAGGGUGAACUUUGGCAGCAAGAUCGACGAUUACAAGGCAAGAAAACACUGAAACCAAGAGAGUAAUGCUUGUUUUAUGCAUGUUUUCUGUACUUUCUUAUAGUUUUCUUGUAGUUUAAACAUUAUUUCUGCAUUUUACUGGUUGAACUACAUUAGUUCAUUGCAAUUAGUGCUCAUAAGUCUUUACAUUUAAAGUUUUUAAUUUCUUUUUUCUUUCGAUCUGAACAGCACUUUAUUUUUAAUUUGUAUGAAAGGUGUUUUAUAUAUACACACCUUUUCUGCCCGAUGUUGUGCAGCUCUUUUAAAUCUCUGAAGGUGUGCUAUAUUUACUGAGCAGCAGAUCUUAAAAUCUUGAGUUCUGUAGAGACUGGCCUCUCUGACAUCCAAGGGAUGCUCUGUGCAUUGAAAACUGGGGAAUAAGGACACUAAAGGCCACCUUUUCCCAUUGCUCUGAGUUCCAGCUCUGAUGCCCAUUGUAGAUUCCUUUGGGGGUGAAUAGGUUUUAGCCUGGAUACAAUGAUCGGUCUGCAGCUACACACAAAAAAACUGGGAUGUACAGUGUGCUAUGUCAACUUUGUAUCAGAGCCAGUGAGAACUUUUUCAGCAGUUUGAGCUCCAGUAGCUCAAUCACCCAUGACCCUGUAUCCCCUUUUCUGCUCUGUCUUCGUUGGACCACUUGUGGUGGGUCCUUAUCACUGCAUCCUGGGGACACCUCACAGGAGCUGGAGUUUAAAGAUGUGCAGACACAGUUAUCUACUAAUCACAAUUUUGCAAUCAAAGAUAGUCACUCUGUCUGACUGUAGUCAUAAUGUUAAAAUCAGACCAGUGUGUUUUUAAAGACGCUGAAUGAUUGAUUUAUAUAACUAUACUCACACAAGGAACAAGUAUACAGUAGUUAAGGGUAUGUUUGCAUCCUGCAGGGCCUGGUGAGUAACCUUUACCUGGGUAAAGAUGUACUGACUGACUGGCUGAUCUACCCUCUGGACAUUGAUGGAGCCAUUGCUGCUGGUUGGCCUCAUUCAGACAGUCUGAAAUCCUUCACCGCUCCUCAAAAGGAGUCUGCAGCAGGACCCGUCUUCUACUCAGGGACCUUACAGCCAAACGGCCUUUCAUGGGACACCUUUCUCAAACUCCAUGAAUGGACAAAGGUAAUGUAGAUUAUUUUGUGGGCAUUUUGGUGGCAAACUACAGUAGCUUAUCAUUUCUCUUAAGGAAAAAAAAUGCAGUUUUUCAGAAAUUAACAAAAUAAUUGUCUCAGAAUUAUGAGAAAAAGCCUCAUGAAAAAAAAAAAAUUGGGAGGGUAAAUGGUUAUCUGUUUUCAGCAAAUGCCUGAAUAUAUAUGGUAAAUGGGCUUUCUCUAUAUAGCACUUCCUAUGGUCUUCUGACCACUCUUACAGGUUUCAUUCACUCAUUCACACUUCAUUCAUGCACUGAUAGCAGAGGCUACUGUGUUUAGUGCCAGUCAGUGAGAACUAAUCCCAGUCAGGGCAGGGCAGUCUGGGGUCAAGUAUCAAGUACCAAGUACCUUCCAAUUUUACCACUGGACCAUGUCUGUCCCUUAAUUAUCUCUCAGCCAGCCUGAAUGCAUGUCAAACUAAUACCAAUACAUCUACCCUUUAGUUUAAACAGCUGUGACUGAAAGCAUGUUAUUGUGUGUAAGGAACAAUAGUCAUGAUCUCUACAUACAUAAAACAUCAGUUGCUGCAGUUUGUUUGGAACAGGCCUAAGUUGAAAUAUAUUUGCUCUGUCACUAUGAAAUAAACCAAAGAAAUAAAUAAAAUACCACCUGUCUUCUUUUAGACACGAGUGUCUUUGAAUGCCUCAAACCAGAGGAGACCAAAAUAAAACUGAAUGAAACUUGACAGCUGAGGGCAUAUUUGCCUUCUCACAUGGCCUUGAGGACACUCUCUGUUGGGACUUGGGAGCAAGUUCUGAUAUUCAUUUAUAAAGAUUUUUGUAGAGCAGAGAUCAUUUUCUUGUCAAUUCAGUAAAACUGUUUCCCUCGAGUGAAUGUGAUAUGCUUUGGUAGCACAUCAGAAAUUCCCCUGAGGGUUUUUUUUUUCCUCUGUUCAGACUGUAUUUCUUGUCUGUUAUCCAGGGUCAGGUUUGGAUAAAUGGUGUGAAUCUGGGACGAUAUUGGCCAGCCAGAGGCCCUCAACAGACUCUUUAUGUUCCUGGGCCUCUGCUCAGCGCCGCCCUACCUAACAACAUCACAGUGCUGGAGCUGGAGGGAGCUCCGGCACACCUUCGGGUCCUUUUCAUGGACCGGCCUCAGCUAGACUUUCCACCUGUAAAGUCCUGACGGUGUUGUGCCUCUGGACGCUCUUAACAACAUCCAUAAACAUGAUAUGUUUAAAGCUCUCUGUCUGGAAUAUUGUUGGGUUUAAUGACAGUAAAGCAGAAGAAGUCCUCUGAACAAUCUAACUAACAUGAGGUAAAAGUUUGUUCUGCAUUCUUUCUGUCAACUACCGUAAAUCACUUCUUAUAUCAGUGUUUCAUUGUAGCUAAAUCACUAUCAGUCACAAUGCUAUGUCAGAUUUGAUCCUCUCUGCAGCAGCUUUAGACACACAAUAAUCAGAUAAUGAUCCAAUACUUAGAGCUAAAGACGCACUGACACCUUCAAGAAAAAGAUGACAAUGAUUUUUAAACAAUGUUACAGUUUUUAAUUAUUAUUUUUUACUUCCAAAAUUGCAUACUGUUAUUAAAUGAAACAUGUUUUAUGAUUUUGACAGUUAAUUCAGUUGUCUAUGUCCCUCUGCCUCAAUAAAAUUAUUUUCAAAUGUAUGCACAUUAUUUUUAGAUUUGAUAUGAAAUUUCAGACUUCAUGAGGUA